AUGGACCAGAUACUGCCAGGAGCUCGUGCGAACCACACGUUCAAGAACUGGGCAGGGAUAUAUUCCGCGAAGCCUCAGCUAUACUUCCAACCAUCAUCAAUAGAAGAAGUUGUCAAAGUGGUUAAUGCGGCUCGGAGACUCAAGAAAACAAUCGUGACGGUUGGCUCCGGACAUUCGCCUAGCAAUAUGUGUGUGACAAAAGAGUGGCUCAUGAACCUGGACAGAAUGAGUCAAGUUCACAGCGUCGUGGAAAACAAGGAACAAAACUAUGCCGAUGUGACCGUAGACGCUGGUUUACGCAUUUACAAGUUAAGUGAGUACCUCACGGAACGUGGAUAUGCCAUUCAGAAUUUGGGCUCAAUUUCGGAGCAAAGCGUUGGAGGAAUCAUCUCCACAGGAACUCACGGCUCUUCACCUUACCAUGGUCUUAUUUCGUCGCAGUAUGUGAACUUAACGUUAGUAAACGGGCAUGGCGAGGUAGUGAAUGUCGAUUCAGAGACUCAACCUGAGAUUUUCAGAGCGGCGAUGCUAUCUUUGGGCAAGAUUGGAAUCAUUGUUCGUGCCACAAUUAGAGUCGUUCCUUCCUUCAAAAUCAAAUCUAUGCUCGAGGUGGUCAACUUCGAAACUCUGCUUAAACAAUGGGAUACUAUUUGGACCUCGAGCGAAUUCAUUAGGUGCUGGUGGUUCCCUUACACGCGGAAAUGUAUUUUAUGGAGAGGUGCAAAGACUAGUGAUGCAGUGGUAACGAAGACUAGAAAGUCCUGGUGGGGAACUACGCUCGGACGUGGCUUUUACGAGCUCCUCUUGUGGAUUUCAGUGAGAAUUUAUCCUGCUUUCACUCCGUAUGUUGAAAGAUUUGUGUUUAGCAGACAAUACGGAAAUGCUGAAACCUUAGGAUCCGGAGAUAUUGCUGUUCAAAGCUCUAUUGAUGGUUUGAACAUGGAUUGUUUGUUUUCACAAUUUGUUGACGAAUGGGGUUGUCCAUUAAGCAACGGUCCUGAAGUUCUACGCUCGCUGGACCACUCCAUCACCCAGGCGGCUCACAAUCGUGAGUUUUUCGUUCAUGUCCCCAUUGAAGUGCGCUGUUCCAAUACUACUCUGCCCGAUAAAAUACCUGAUUAUAGCGAUAGAACUGACCUGAGUUCUGGGGCUGUGUAUGGUAACGUGCUGCGUCCUUACCUCGAUGCUACGCCCCGCGAUCUGCGUCACGCCUCCUCGAGUGACGUUACUAAUAGCCAACUCACCUUGUACAUUAAUGCUACCAUCUACAGACCAUUUGGCUACAACACACCCAUUCACAAAUGGUUUACGCUAUUUGAAAACAUUUUAGCUGCUGCUGGAGGUAAACCUCACUGGGCCAAAAACUUUUUGGGAUCCACAGACAUGGCCGCUGGACCAACAAAAGCGGAGCACAGUUACCAGGAUUAUGAGAUGAGAGGUAUGGCCACGAAAAUGACUGAAUGGUACGGCGAGAAUCUCGUCAAGUUUCAGGAAAUUAGACGCCAACAGGAUCCAGAUAACAUCUUUGUGGCGAAUAAAGACUGGGCAGUGAAAAACGGGAUCGUCAACAUCAACGAGAUCCAAUAG